UGUUAGCUAAUGAACUAUAGUAAGUUUGUCGUCUCUAAUGUGUGCAACGAUUAUUGAGAUUACAAAGCUAUUUAAAUAAAAAAAAUCUGCGAAAAAAUUCAAAAUUUGUUCAAUUAUUAUUCAGUAAUCAGUAACUACUCUAAAUAAAAUGCCAUAUGCAAAUCAACCAUCUGUUCACAUAUCAGAACUAAAUGACGAAAAUGUCAAGUUUCAAGUAGAAGAUACCGAACUCAGUGUUGCUAAUAGUAUGAGAAGAGUCUUUAUAGCUGAAACUCCAACCUUAGCAAUAGAUUGGAUCCAAUUAGAAGCUAACUCAACGGUUUUAAGCGAUGAAUUUCUUGCUCACCGAAUUGGCAUGAUACCAUUGAUAAGUGAUGAAGUAGUUGAUAAAAUUCAGUAUUCACGUGAUUGUCAGUGCAUGGAUUUUUGUCCAGAGUGUAGCGUAGAGUUUAGUUUAGAUGUUAAAUGUACUGAAGGUAAAACAAGAUAUGUUACAACUGCUGAUCUGAAAUCAAGUGAUCCAAGAGUUCUUCCAGUUACUUCGAGACAUAGAGAAGAUGAUGCAAUGGAAUAUGGGCAAGCUGAAGAAAUUUUAAUAGUUAAGUUAAGAAAAGGUCAAGAAUUAAAACUCAGAGCUUAUGCUAAGAAAGGAUUUGGUAAAGAACAUGCAAAAUGGAAUCCAACAGCUGGAGUUAGUUUCGAAUAUGAUCCUGAUAAUGCUAUGCGCCAUACACUUUUCCCUAAACCAGAUGAAUGGCCCAAAUCCGAAUAUAGUGAAUUAGAAGAAGAUCAAUAUGAAGCACCAUUUAACUGGGAAGCUAAACCUAACAAAUAUUACUUUAAUGUUGAAAGCAGUGGCGCAUUGAAGCCUGAGAAUAUUGUAAUGAUGGGAAUUGCAGCAUUAAAAAAUAAAUUAUCCAAUUUACAGACUCAACUUAGCCAUGAAGUACAAAAUGAUGCUCUUAGUAUUCAUCAUUAGAUUGUAAUUAUUUAUAAUUUCAUAUUUUUAAUAAAAGUUACACAGUAAA